GACCACCAGGAGCAAGGGGGGAGAUUUGGGGGAAGAUGAAAGGAACGGCAAACGUUUUCCCCCCCCCCUCCUGUUUUGGGGUAAAAAAACACGCUUUGCUCUUUCUAAGGGACACUUAAGGGAAAGCACUCAGAAAAGGCUUCUGGCUCCUUUCCCUGGGCAAAGCCAGCACAAAAUCCAGUAAAUCCAGUUGCAGGCUUGCAUCAUGCCUGAACCACCACCUUGAAGACGGGAUGAGCCUUGGGCGUGCCAUCAGCCAGAGAUGGAACUGUAAAGCUCCCAGGCUGGGGGUGGCAGCCUUGAAGUUGAGGAGUUGUGGGGAUCAUGGUUGCAGGGAAAAUGUGAAGUUUAGGGCAUGGUGUUGUACGCGUGUUUUUUAGGGGAAAAAGAAAACACGCUUUUGCAUCGCCAGUGGCUUAAUUAAGGUUGUGGGGUUACAACUAUCACUGGGGGUUGCAACCCCUGGAGUGGCCAGCCAGCCCCUUCCUCAGGUAUUCCCUGUAUUUGUUUGGGUUUGGUGUUUUUUGUUUUUUCCUGACCAGGGUCUGCUGUUCCCGAUAAAGGCUUUGCACCAGCAUGCUGAACCUUGUGGCUGCUGCCAAUCAGCCCCUUCCCCAGUGCCACAUGUGACGGGGUGAUACUGGCACCACAGCUGCCCCAUAGUGAUAUCGCCUGGCCCCAGGGCCAUGGGUGUGAGAGGAGGCAGCCAAAAUGUCUGCCUAUUUUGAGCCUCUUCGGGAAGUAAAAGCGGGUUAGAUGAAAUUUUGCCAUGAUGAAUUUGCUGGCUUUCCAUGAUGGGCUGCAGCACAUCCACAGCGUGUGUGCUUUGACCAUUUAAGAUGAAGUCCUGAGGUGGACGUGCAGGAAUCCCAAAGGUUUUGUUGGGAUGAUGUGUGGGGAGAGAGGAGGAGGAGGAGAAUGAAGUCAUUGAGAUUAGUGGGAGAUUGCUGUGCCAGGCUCCUUCCUCUGAUGUUUGUUGCAUGGAGAUGUUUCCCAAUCUCCAAAGUUUAUUUAAUGCCAGAAACAUGCAGCAUCAAUGUCUGCAGCAUUUCCAUCACACCUCCAGCCCAGAGCCCCUCUUGCAUUUUAGGGAUACAUCAGUGCAAGAUGACAGGGAUGCUCUGCACCACCAAGGAUGACACAAGGACAUUGGUCAGGAUUCACGCAUGGGGGACAAUAUUUUAGCUUGCUAAAAUUUAGAGACCAGGUCUGGAUGAAGGGGUCCCCCAAGUACCGGGGAGAGGCUGCAGGAGGUGCCCAGGUGAUGCGCUCCGAUAAGACACUCAAUUUUCAGCUGUCUCUAGCAAGGUGAAGCCUGGGCACUGCACUGCCCUGAUAAACAUUGCCACUAUUUUUUGGAGGCUCUGCAGUGAGCUGGCGGGGAAGGAGCAGAGUUUGGAGAUGCUCUUUGCCCCCCCCCUUCUGUUUUCCCUCUUGGGCGGGUGAGCCCGCGCGCUGCUGGCGGUUAAAAGCUUGGAUGCAAGUAAAACCAGAUGGAAUCUUAUCUGCCUGCACCCAAGUGCCUACGUGCAGACAGCCAGCAACGGCACUGCAUUUCCCGCGCAGCAAAUUCAGGGCCUUUCACCCGGUCAAGGUGUCAUGCAGAGGCCAUGGUUCCCUACGGCAUCCCUUUCUCCUUUCCUCAUGUCUCCGUGGUGGCACAAAAGCAUCUGCUGAUAUUGGUGUUGCAGAGGAUGUGCUAAGAUUAGAAACUGCCUUGUUUCACCCCCUGUGCCACAUAUCCAUGGGGGCACACAAAUGUUUUUUAAGACAGGAGGAGGAAAAUGUGAUGUAAAUGCUCCAGGAAGACAAUGGUCACAGCCACGUUUAAUCUCCCGGGGACAGCUGGGUGCUUACUCAGCUGGGAGGCAGUGGCUGAUGAGAGUUCUGCAUGUCCCAAAGCCUCUGGUGGGGAGCAAAUGGUACAGAGCGGGAGUGGAGACAGACUUAUUGGACCAUGGGGUACAGCUGUCAAACCUAUUUUUGAGCCUUUUUGCAGGAAAAAAAGUGCACCACCACCCCUCCCAUAGAUCACCACCCUGGUAGGCGGGAGCCACCACAAAUACCAGGGUGACACCAUAGUGCUCAGGGCAGACAGAAGGGUGAGACCCCCAGUGUCUCUCCAGUGUCCCCCCCCCCUAUUAUCCCCUACAUUCCUCCCCAUAUCCUCCUUCUCUCCAUCCAGUGUUCCCUAACACACUUCUCCGUGUCCUUGUCAUGUCCGCCUGCUCCUUCUCUGUCCCCAACAUGAGCUCCUCCUUGCCCUGCACGUUACCUCCUUGUCUCCUGAUCUCCCUCCCAGCACUUGUUCUUGUCCUAUCCAGUGUUAGUCCAAAGUACUCCUUUUCCCAAUCACAUCUCUCUCUGUCCCCUGCUGUUCAAUGCAGUGUCCACCCUUGUCCCCACCAUGUCCCUCCUUGUCUUCUGGUGUCCACCCCUGUCCUCAUCAUGUCCCACCUUAUCCCCUGGUGUCCAGCCUCAGUGCCAUUCCCACGGUGUCUCACACUAUCCCCACCAUAUCCCUCUCCAUCUCUUAAUGUCCAGCCCCAGCGCCCACCUCUUUCCCCAUCACAUCCCUUCUUGUCUCAACCUCGUCCCUCUCUGCCUGCCCCAGUCAUGUCACUGUGGGGCGGGGCAGAGGGUACCCGGGGACAUGCAGUCCUCCCCACGGUCCGUGCCGCACCCUUAAAUGUGCGGUGCUGGCAUGCGCGGCCACAGACGCAGCGGCGGCGGCGGCAGCAGCGGGAGCAACCCCACAUCCGUUGUUUCCAGCGGCUCCUUUUUUAGCUCCCUAACCCCGCUGUGGGGUGAAGCGCCAGCCAUGACGGAGAGCCUGGUCCUAUCCCCAGCCCCAGCCAAACCCAAGCGGGCGAAGGCGUCGCGGCGCUCGGCAUCGCACCCCACCUACUCGGAGAUGAUCACGGCGGCCAUCCGUGCGGAAAAGAGCCGCGGCGGCUCCUCGCGGCAGUCCAUCCAGAAGUACGUGAAGAGCCACUACAAGGUGGGCCAGAACGCCGACCUGCAGAUCAAGCUCUCCAUCCGGCGUCUCCUGGCUGCCGGCGUCCUCAAGCAGACCAAAGGGGUCGGGGCCUCCGGCUCCUUCCGCUUGGCCAAGAGCCACAAGGCCAAGAGUUCCCCAAGGAAGAAGAAGAAGGCUGUCAGGAGGUCCACGUCUCCCAAGAAGGCGGCGAGGCCCAGGAAGGCCAGGUCACCAUCCAAGAAGACCAAAGCCACCGCCAGGAAGGCCAGGAAGAAGUCGCGGACCAGCCCCAAGAAGGCCAAGAAGCCAAAGACUGUUAAGGCCAAGUCGAGGAAGACCUCCAAGACCAUGAAGGUGAAGCGGUCGAAACCCAGAGCCAAGUCUGGUGCCCGGAAAUCGCCCAAGAAGAAGUGAGCAGCCUGAGGGCUUUGCCCAGGCUCUCCCCGUUGGCUUCUGUAAAUAGCUUUUUGCCUUUAUUUUUACCUCUUUCUGUUUGCAAAUUUUAUAAGUUGAUCUAUUCCUAACAGCUAAAACAAGGCGACGAAUGAAAGAAAAAAAAGGAAAAAAAAAAAAAAAAAGGAACUUCUUCCAUAUGGAAGAGUUUCCAUUUA